GCCAUUUUAAACAGUUGAUGUAAAAGUUGUAGUAUUUUGAGAAAGUGAAUCCAGUCAGAUUGUGAUGACAGCGAGUGUUCAGGUGUGUUCAGUAUCAGUUGUGGAGAUCAGAUUGAUCAGAUUCACCUCUGCAGUUCCAUCAUGGAUCAAACACAAACAUCAACAGAUGAAGAUUUUUCUCCAGGAUGCAGUUUAGAUCAUCAGAAGAGAUCAGAUGCAGACUUCAGUUGUGUGUCUAUUAAGAGUGAUGUUUCUAUGCCUCAACCAAUAAACUUUAAGAGUGAAGAGGCACGGCCUGAUAGCAGUUCAGUUUAUCACAAGAGAUCAUAUUCAGAGUUCAGCUGUGUGUCUAUGAGGAGUGAUGUGUCUAUGCCUCAGCCAAUAAACUUUAAGAGUGAAAAGACAAGGCCAGCACACAGACAAAUCAUAACAGAACCAGACUGUAAGAAGAGGAAGAUUGAGCAAUCUGAGAAUCAACUACAAGACUUCAAUGAAAACAUGAGUCCUCAUUUCAGUCAUGAGUCUAAUCUUGCUGAAGUCCUGAACACAUUCAGAUCAAAUCUGAGGAAGAAGUUUGAGUGUUUGUAUGAGGGAACUUCAAAUAACAGAAACCUAACAUUACUGAAUGAGAUCUACACAGAGCUCUACAUCACAGAGAGUGAAAGUGGAGAGAUCAGUAAUGAACAUGAGGUGAGACAGAUUGAGACACGAUUCAGAAGAACAACAACAGAGGAGACACCAAUCAAAUGUAAUGACAUCUUUAAACCUUUACCUGAACAAGACAAACACAUCAGAAGUGUGCUGACAAAGGGAGUCGCUGGCAUUGGAAAAACAGUCUCUGUACAGAAGUUCAUUCUGGACUGGGCUGAAGAGAAAGAGAAUCAGGACGUCCACCUCAUAUUUCCACUUCCUUUCAGAGAGAUCAAUUUGAUGAAGAACAAAACACUCAGUCUUUUAGAUCUUCUUCAUCUUUUCUUCCCACAAACAAAAGAAAUGGAAAUCUUCAGUGAUGAAUAUAAAGUGUUGUUCAUCUUUGAUGGUUUGGAUGAGUGUCGUCUGUCUCUGGAUUUUCACAGCAGUGUGAGGUUGUGUGAUGUAAGUGAAUCAACCUCAGUGGAAGUGAUGCUGACAAACCUCAUCAAGGGGAAUCUGUUUCCCUCUGCUCUCAUCUGGAUCACCUCCAGACCAGCAGCAGCUGAUCUCAUCCCCUCUGAGUGUGUUGAUCGAGUCACAGAGGUACGAGGCUUCAGUGAUCCACAGAAGGAGGAAUACUUCAGGAAGAGAAUCAGUGAUGAGAGUCUGUCUGAUCAAAUCAUCUCACACCUGAAGUCAUCCAGGAGUCUCUACAUCAUGUGUCACAUCCCAGUGUUCUGCUGGAUUUCAGUCACUGUUCUAGAGAGAAUGUUGAGUGAAGCAGAGAGAAGAGAGAUCCCCAAGACUCUCACUCAAAUGUACACACACUUCCUGAUCAUUCAGACAAACAUCAAACAUCAGAAGGACUAUGAGAAGAAAGAUGAAGACAUGAUCUUCAAACUGGGGAAACUGGCUUUUGAGCAGCUUGUGAAAGGCAAUCUGAUCUUCUAUGAUGAAGACCUGAGAGAUUGUGGCAUUGAUGUAGCAGAAGCAUCAGUGUACUCAGGAUUGUGUACUCAGAUCUUCAGAGAGGAGUUUGGUUUGUAUCAGGGGAAAGUUUACUGCUUUGUUCAUCUCAGCAUCCAGGAACAUCUAGCAGCUCUUUAUGCUCACAUCUCCAUCACAAACAAAAAACAAUAUGUGUUUAAACCAGGUCAGUUUUCUAUAACUUUACAGCGGCAUUCAUUAGCUGAUUUACAUCAUCGAGCUGUAAAUGAAUCUUUAAAGAGUAAGAAUGGACAUCUGGAUCUUUUCCUGCGUUUUCUUCUGGGUCUUUCACUGCAGUCCAAUCAGAUUCUCUUACAGGAUCUACUGACACAGAUGAGAAGAUGCUCCUACAAGAAAGAGGAAACCGUUAAGUACAUUAAACAGAAGAUGAAUGAGAAACUGUCUACAGAGAAAUCCAUCAAUCUGAUUCACUGUCUGAAUGAACUGCGUGAUGAUUCACUGGUGAAGGAGAUUCAACGUUAUGUGAGAUCUAAAUCAGUAGGAAAGACCAAACUCUCCUCUUCACAGUGGGCAGCUUUAGUUUUUUUGUUGUUGACGUCUGAGCAGCAUUUGGAUGAACUUAAUCUAAAACCAUUUAUUGGAGAUAAAAAUAAAGCAGACGAAGUUCUUGUGAAACUGCAGCUUGUGAUUAAAGAAACCAAAAAACUACAGUAAGUAAAACUAACAACAAUCACAUGACUGUUAACA